GCAAGUCAGCCUGUUGGAAGUUGUUGAGACGUGACAGUAUAUGAAACAACUCGCGGCGGAUGGUUUACGAUGAGUUCUCCUAAGGGACCCGUUGAAACGACAGCUCAAGAAAAAUCGGACUCGGACAGCGAGGAAAGUCAAAAGCCGAAAGAUAUGACCACUGACACGGGACAUAAAGUGAAGAAGACUUACCUCCCGUUCAGUGUUGAAUCCCUGAUGGCCAAAUCGAGCUGCCAGGUCGCGUGUUCUCCGGCUCUCCAGCACCAGAGACUGGGAUUGGGACAGGACUUAGUACGGACUUACUUUGUAGAGAAAACCAAAGUUUCUGUGGACACUUUGUCAAGCGUUUCGGACAGUCUAAACGAUGACAGUGAAGAUUUAAGCGAUAAGGAACAGAGCACUUGGCCAAACUCCUCGUCUUUCACGUCUCCUCCUCGUCUCCCGAGCCCGACGCCGUGCACCUUGCGCAAGCAUAAGACGAACAGGAAGCCGCGCACACCCUUCAGCACCUCCCAGCUGCUCUCCCUCGAGCGCAAGUUCAGACAGAAACAGUACCUCUCUAUCGCCGAACGGGCCGAGUUCUCCAACUCCCUCAACCUCACCGAGACUCAGGUCAAGAUCUGGUUCCAGAACAGGAGGGCGAAGGCCAAGAGACUUCAGGAGGCCGAGCUGGAAAAGUUCAAAUGCGCCUCCAAACCGCUUCUGGCCCCGUUCGCGCUGCCGUUCCCUCUGGGAUCUCCAUCAUCUCUGUAUGGACCUCCAGCCUCAUUCCCACGGCCCGUACCGAUGCCAGGACUAUUUAACGGACCCGUGUCCUAUGGGAUGUAUUAUUUGUCAUAAAAAAAAAAACUUUUACCUGACGGCUUCUUCCACUCUGAAAUGAUUUGAGAGACUAUCAAAGUUUACACAUGAAUCACAGGGAAAAUUACUAUAAUAGCUUCGGUCACAUUUACAUGAUUGUUCUUGUUAAUUGCACAACUAAGUGCUGAAUAAUACUAAGGAACAACAUGUAAUUAUUUCCCAGAGGAACCGCUUCUAAUUGCUCACGGUUAUAGUAGCUUAAUUAAUUAUAGUAUUGUCGGUAAUGUCAUAUUUUUUAACCCGUUUCCCUAAAGCCACAUGAAAUGAUGGAAGUAAGCUGCUGUAUUGUAUAUUGUCGUGUUUUAUUCUUUGUGUUGUAUACUGACGUGCUCUUGUAGAGCAGGUAGAUGUGUAACUCUUUUAAGAUCAUCUGACACGGAUGUUAUCCGGCAGAAGAAGUACUUAUUGGCCUUAUGUUGGAAGUGCCUUGAAAGACCAAAUAUUUAUUAGUCUAAAAUAAAAAAAUAUUCUUUCUUAAAUAUAAA